AUGUCUUCGCCGCUUCGAGGGGCUGAAUGCAAUGGCAGCGGCGGCGGGGGAGGCCUUUUCGCCGCCUCCCACUGCUUUGCGGAGGUUGUUGUGGUGCGCCACGGGGAAACUGCCUGGAACGCUAGCAGAAUUAUUCAGGUUUGCCAUCGAUCUGUCUUUCCUUCUCUUUCCAAUUGUAUCCUUGUUCAUGCAUGUCAGUGUAUUUUUAGAUUAUUCAGCGAUGUUUCUGGGUUUUGCGUAUGUUGUUGCGUUAGCGACUCUUGUAGCAGGAUGCUAGACAAGAGAAAGAAAAAACCUCUGAAAGAGAAUAUUCUUGAUUUGCCUCGAACUCAUCGACAAAAUGGGGUUUUAUGUCUUUUAAACACCUUUCAGAAACUGAUGAAAUCAUGUUUUGUAUGUCUCUGAAACUCCGCUAAAAUUCCCUUCAGUUCCUUUCCAAUCAAAUGGUAAAAAGAAUUACUGAUAAAGAAGUCUUCCAAAAGAUUUCAUAGUCUAGGCACAUCAAUAAUUCCGCUUCUUCAACGACCAAUGACGUUCAACAUCUCGCCUACAUAUCUUUGAUCUGUACAAGAAUCAAUAUUACAUUCCUGCUGCAUAAUCUCACAUUCCUAAAAAAGGAGACCACUUAAAACACGCAUAAUCUUUAUUCCAAAGGGUGAAAUUAUGGACUCAUUCAAAAGUGGCUUUUAUCUAACAUCUAAUUAAGAUCUUUAUGUAAUAAACAAUUGUUAUUUUUAUCCCCGUUUUUAAGAUGCAGGACAUACCUACCUAUGCGAUAAUGUGAUAACUUGGGGGGAGGGAGCUCGAACGUUGCAUUGUUUAGACAUUUCCUUGUUAGAUAAUCUCCCCCUGUGAUCAGUAGUGAAGUUUCUACUGUGAGUACGUUUCUGGACUGAAUAGUCUCUCCUUCCUAAUUAAUUUUAUUGAACCUUAGACUCCAUUGAUGACGGAUCUGUGCCUCUAUUUUCCAUGGAACUCUUAGGUAGCUGGCAAUUCGGAAGUUACAUUUUGGUAAACUAGUACUUGAGGGCAUGUAGACUCUUCAAGAGGGAGAAAAUCAAUUGGAAAACCUCCUUUUUAGAAGUUUAGAUGGCAUUCUGAUCAUCCUUCCUUUUCUUAAUUAUGGACUGGCGCUUAUAUAAUUGCCUAAAAUCACUUUAUGUCACCAAACUUUUUACUGAUAUUUUCCAUAAGUUAUGCAAUGUUAUGCUUUACACUGAUGUCUGAGACUUCAGUACCAAUUCUUUUUCGCAUGUUCAUAUCUACCUAAUGAUUUUGAGUGUUAAGUAGGCUCCCAUUUCAGUUGUCUACACUGUUGGGAAGGUGGAGAAAAAAAAGUGUGCUCUUGUUUGAAGUCAUUGAUGAACUGCUUGUGGUCAUUGGAUUCUAAAACUUCAAAACUCACAGAACCUUGCAUGAGUUAUGUGUUUGAUCAUCUAAUUGCAAGACUGUUUGGCUGCACAACGAGUUUUGAGAAGAGACGAAGGGGAGAAUAACCUAGUAUGCUGAUUGUCAGUCAUUUGGGAUGAUUAUGGUGGAGAGCCUACCCUUUCUUCAAAGUAGGCCUUAACGUUAAAAAGCAUACGAAUGUUGUUAUAUUCCCUUCAAAACUCCAAAGUUGACCAGUAUCUCACUAUAGAUGUGGAUGUAAUUUUAUAGAUUUUUUUUGGAGUUUUACCUUGAGAAUCUUUUAGCACAUUUUGUUUCUAAUUAAUGAUCCAUAAUGUGUUCAUCUUUGGUUUUCUAUUUAUGUGAUACCCGCUCUCCAAUGGCUUGAAAUAAGAAAAAUAAAUAAAAGGGUGAUAACUAACCUCUAAUUGAUUGAAUCAACGAAAUUCCGCAGGUUUCCCAUCAUCACAGAUCGUUUCAACAAGAACUAAUGAUCACCAAUUGCAACCAUUCUAGUCAUCCCUGUUUUAUCUAACUCUCCUUGGUAUGUGUUGGAUCAAGAAUUGUAUCCUUAUGAGUUUACAUUAUGAUGUCCGUCUUCCAUCCCUUUGCCUUAUGCUUGUGUUCUUCGCCACACAGGCAGCCAUAAAACGUUCUCCUCUGCCGAUUAUUGGAAUUUAGCUGGAUUUGUCAUCCCAAUGAAAUAUCAAGGUUUGACUGAAUUUCUAUAUGAUUGACAGGGCCAUCUGGAUGCAGAAUUAAAUGACGUUGGGAAAAACCAAGCAUCUCUGGUGAUCUACAGACCCUUUUAACUUCUUAACUACACUAGAUAUCAGUAUCUUUAUUUGUAGAAAUCUAGGGCGUUUCUCAGGGCCAUGUGUUCACUCAAAGUUGGUGUGAACACAAAUUUCUGUGCGACACCUUAUGUGCAUAUCACGAUCCAAAUUGAUACUCAGGCGUGAUGUGCAUUGAGGGUUUACUAGGCGUCUUUAUGAGGUUGGGCUCUAAUGCUGUUCAUAGUUUAUGCCCUUAAGGUAGGAGAUCGAUUAUCACGGGAGCCAAAAUUUGCGGCAGUAUAUUCAUCUGAUUUGAAGCGAGCUGCUGAAACUGCACAGAUAAUAGCAAGGAUGUGCAAUUUGCCUGAGGUACAGUUAAUAAUCGCAUGCCUUGCAUUCUUCUCACCAAUAAAGUUAUUAUACAACAUUGUGGUAUAAUUUUUGUCUCUUUUCUGCUCUGCAGUGAAGUAAUGCCUCUAUUUCCUAUUUAAAUUUAGUUACUGAGGUAAUCCAAAUUCUGACAUCUUUUAUGUAAAAUAUAAGGGUCUUCUUCCUAAGGUUUUGUUAUCUAGCAGCCAUGAGAUUGAAAAAGUUAUUAGACAAUUUUACACACCAAUGAUUUAGACACUAUUUAUUCAGACUUGUCAAUAUCAUCCUUCCUUACUGCUCUCUUUUGUUUUCUUAUCAUUUAGGACAGUUAAUUGCCUUGAUGAAAAAUAUGAUUAACUUGCUCAAGCAUAAACGAGUUGAAAAGUAAAUUUAAAGAAUCAUUGAACAAUGGUUGUUUAGCCAAAUUUCUUAUAUUGGCUUGUGCAAUAUUUUGGAUGAUGCUUAUGCUACAUUGUUGGAGGGCAAGUUAUGGGUAAACACCUGCAAUAAUUCCUGCGUUGGUUCCUUUAGUAUCUUGAUACCUUGUUUUCUGUCUAAACUUGAAUGCUGGGGGUCAUCUUUAAAAAACCAAGUAUUGUAUAUUUUUAUUAAAUAUAUAUUUUCUUAAGUAUAUUCUUCAUCAUGAAGAGUUGUGCUCAAUAUAAAGACUAGUGAUUUAUCAAAAAAAUAGACAAUCAAGAAUAGAUUGCAACUCAAAUAUGCUUUACAUAGUUGAGCUUAAUAUUCUAUCAUGUUCAAUUUCUUCUCUAAGUCCAUUUUCACAUUAAAGAAUUUGUUAGUGACAAAAUAUGAACAAGAAAUUGGAUGCUUUUGAUUAGUAGCAUGGUGAUAAAUUGAUCAAAGGAUUGCAAUUAUUUUUGCUAGUAAAUUAUAGGCUCUACACUUUUAAGAACAUUAUUUAUGCUCUAAAGUCUGUUUUAAAAGUUAAUGUAAAUGAUAAUGAUAGUUUUUGUAGUGCUUCACAAAAUAAGGAUGGAUUUAAUUUCUAGUUUGCACUUGUGACUUGUCCAUAUAUUCUUUUGUGUUGUAGAGAACAUUAAACUUCACCUGUGUCAUUACUUCUUGCCUCAACCAUAGGGUAGCAGGCCACCACCUUGUUCUCUUUGUCUGCCCUAAAUAACUACGGUUGUGGCUAAAUAAGGCCACCAACUUAUUUAACCUGCUCUAUUGGCUGAUGCUUCUUGGACUGACUUUGUAUUAUCUUGCUAGGGAUUGUUACUAUUGACUUGUUAUGUUCUAUGUGGUAUGCUCACCACAAUUUGGCCAAAUGUUUUGUCAAGGAUCAAGUGGAUGUGACAGCCACUAAACUCAUUUUGUAACAUUUAAUCAACACAGUCUAGAAUUCUUGUAAUAUUUGUUUUGGAACAUUUGCUACCUCUUCAAAGUUGUUUCUUGGGACACUUCUAUGGGCUAUGAUGAUCUACAUGUGGAUGGUAUUAGGGUUUUUUUUCUUGUCAAUUGUUAAUUUCUGUGGAGUUUGUAUGUUUAUAAUUUAGAUUAUCUGUAUUCAUGGUAUCAAACUUUUAUUUGUGUUUUUCUUUUUACUGUUUUACGAAUUGUCGAUUUGCUCUAACUAUUGACACUGAUGUAUCACCAUUUUUCUUUGAUAAGUUGCCCAUUAUCAAUUUCACUCUAAUACGUGUUAAUCUUGCAUGAGUUUUAGGUAGGGAACUGAAGGCUCUUCCAACCGCUAAUGGCCAAAAAGUGAAAACAAUAUGUAUAGAAAAUAAGGUUUCGUAUACAGAAAUGGGAACCAAAGUAGAAGAGCCAACUCUCAUACCAACCCUUGUGAGUAGCAGAUGCCAGGAAAAGUGAGAGUUAACUGUUAGUCUGACUUGUGCAUAAAUAGGAACCUAUUUAUACGAGAGUCAACACUCAAGUCUGCUUGUGCAAAAAGCAAAAGACAUUAUAUAUGAGUCGACUCACAUGAAAAAUAGAAUGUUUUUUUUUACAGGAAUCGAAUGAAAAAUAAGACUGUUUUUUCAAGUGUAAGCACUCGAGUUGACCUACUUGAAAAAAAAACUAUUUUUCAUCAGAGUCAACCCUUGUGAAAAGUAGAACAUUGUUGACACAAAAGUAGACUUUUAAGUUAACUUAUGUCAAAGACAACAAGCUAUUUUAAAAAAUAUGAACCACAGCUCGACUCAGAACAAAUGAUUCAGAACAUGAUGAAAGAUUGACCCUCACUUAACCACUUAAACUUUAAUUUUUACUCGUGUGAUCAUAUGAAUUUUCCUUUACCCACCCUCUUGUAUUUCAUUUAUCCUUAUUUUUUCAAGCUUACCAUUAGAAGGUUGGAAAAAGGUUUAUUUUGCACUUGGAGAAAGUCAAAUUGGCACUUAUAAGGUUUGAUUGGUACCGUAAGGAAGUCAUUCUAUUUGUGUUGGGAAAACCCAGUCAAGAUAUCUACAGAGAGGGAUAAGGAACAGAGUAGGUCUGAUAUUGAUCAAACCACUAUAAAAUUCAGGUGUCCUCUUUUGUAGUGUGCACUUUUAUAGCUGGCCCAAAAACUGAACCCCUAGAUUUUUAUAACUGGCCCAAAAAAUCUAACAACAAUGUUCUUGAUGCAAAUAAACUUGUGAGAUGCUUUAAUCUCAAUUAAUAGGAAACCCUGUCUGAUAUUGUCCUCGUCUCCUUUUUGCACAGUUGGUCUCAGGCUUAAUUAAGUGAUAGAUGUCCCUAAGAUUGUCUACAUAGGGCUGUUGAUGUUUUCUGUGUGAGUUCCUUUCUAAAUUACAUGAUAAAGCUCAUGAAUUUGGCACGUAGUUUGAGAAGUUGCGGUACAUGAAAAGAUGAGGGCACUAAAGCGAAAUUUUGUUUCCGCAGGUAAUACAGGAUCCAGGUUUGAGAGAGAGGAAUCUGGGUUUUCUUCAGGGAAUGACAUUACGGGAUGCAACAAAAUUAAGACCUGAUGCUUACAAGGCAUUACUGUCUGCAAACCCAGAUAGAAACAUCCCUGUAAGUCUUUAACUGACUAUCAGACUAUAAUAACGCCAUGGUUUCUUAGUCCUGUUGUUUGUGACUUAUCAAUAUCCAUGAUAUUAGACUGGCUGUUUGGUUUAGGUAGCACCUAGGCGAUCAGAAUCUCAACUGGAUCGCAUAAUGGCUAACUUUAGCUCAUAAAUCUGAUCCUCAUUAUCUCAAGUGAAAAUCCUUGCAUUUAUUGACUGCAUCGUAACAACAAUGUCCAUUUCACUUCUGGUUUGAAAGACGUCUAGAACCCGUGGGUUAUAUCUUGAUGAGACAAAUCCAAACUGCAAAUGUACUCUGGCCUUUUUCACUGUUAAUCAGAUGCAAGAUGGUUGGUAAUAGGUUAAUUUAUGACAAUGGCAGUGGCCUAAGAGACUACGGCAUCAAAUGAGUGUUAGACGGUCCGUUCAUGGUGGUCUACGUCUUUUACCCAAGUGAUUAUCCUAUUAUUCUUUUCUGAAGUCGCUGUUUGUCACAUUAUUGUUCAAUAGUAUGCCAAAUUCUGGUCUUAUUCUGCACAGGGCUACAAGUACAAGUACACUCAUCUGGCUUGCACCAUUUAAUUGUUACUUGAUUUUUUAUUUAUUCUUUUAAAAUCUGGUAUCCAUUUUAUGACAUCUAGGGUGGUGGGGAGAGUGUUAAUCAGCUUCAUCAACGGUGCACAUCUGCUGUGGAAAAAAUAGCCAUGAAACAUAUUGGUAUGCUACUCAGCACGAAUUUUUCCUUCUCCAUCUCUCACUUAACCAGUACAAAUUUAGUUUUGCUUGUGAUGAUAGGAACCAGUUUUUAAUGGGAAACAGUACUUUUUAGUGUUAUCAGAAAAAAAAGGUGCUGUUUUGAUGUAACCCUAACAGAUCCAUCUCAAUUUUUUAUGUAGCUGAAAUUGUGUAAACUAUCAUCCUCGAAUUAUGUUCUAAGCUUGGGUUCUGUUGGAAAUAUUUGAGGGAUGAAGAGAAGGCAUCUGGAUAUUUUAUAUAAUUUCUCCAUGGCUGAUAUUAAGAGACUCCACUGUAAAAGCUUCCUGUAGGUCCAUUUUCAUCCAACUUAGAGACAUGAGUUCACUUUAAUUAUUCUCAGUUGGUGCUUCUUGAUGUCAUAAUCUUCUUGAAUUGUCAGAUUUAAAAUGAUGUAUUUCCUUAUCAGUUCUGCUCACUUAUGCAUGAACUUCCAAGGUAUAUGACUUUGCAAGACAAGUCCUCCCCUAGACGAAAUGAAUGCGAGGUAGCUGCAGAGCGAAUACAUAGAAUCUGUAUAUUUCAUCAGAAAAGCAUUAUGUUAUGAUUUCAUCAGAAAAGCAUUAUGUUAUGAUUUCAUCAGAAAAGCAUACACAUUAGAUGCAUACAUCUUAUAUUUCAUUAUGUUAUGAUUAAGACAGGUAUGAUUGUAAAGCACAUACAUGUUAUGACCAUAACUAUUGUGCGAGUCCGAUAAUUUCCCUCACUAGGUGUUACUGGAAUUGAUUGCUCAUCUUUUUAUGAGCUCAUUCCAGACUAAGUUAUAUAAGUGGUUUGAACUUAAGAUUGCGCAUUGUUUCUGCAGGAGAGAGAAUUCUCAUAGUCACCCAUGGCGGUGUUUUGAGGGAGCUCUAUAAGAAAGCCACCCUUGGAGGGUCACCAGGGUCAAAAGUCUUGAAUACUUCAGUGAAUUUGUUCCACAUUCAUGACGAUGGAAGCAAUUGGAUGCUUAAGGUAUGGGGUGACGUGAGUCAUCUCCAGGGGGCUGCAUUUCUCGAGAAUUCAUUUGGUGGUGACAGGACUUCGGGAUGA